AUGAGACACGCUAGUUGGCGGGGUUGGUGUCAUGUGCCAGCACCUCCACCUCCAACCUCACAACGAGUCUGGCCCCCCGAGUACAAAUACGCAGCUCAGCCCGCCAUGUCUCGAUCAAACGACCCGGGACAUUACUUCCAAACCACUUCGGCCCUCGAAGAGACAGCCCGCAAGGCUGCAAAGUCCAACAAUACCCACGGGAGCCCCAUCAAGCUGCAGUCCAAGAUACUCGCCAUCUGCGCCGACCCCCAAGAUGCGAACCAAGUCUAUGUUGCAGAAGCGGCAGGCAAUGUGAAGCGAAUCAACAUUGAAACACGUAAAGUCACAGCAACAUUCACUGGGCCCGUUGCACCUCUCACCUCGAUUGCCGUCUCGCCGACGUCGGGAAUACUUUUCGCGGGUUGUUGGGACAAGUUAGUGUGGUCGUGGUCCAUCUCGUCACUGCAAGCUGCCGUACGAUAUCAAGGGCACGGUGACUUUGUCAAGGCAGUCGCCACUUUCACCCUCCAAGACAGAAACUAUCUGGCCUCUGCCUCACAGGAUACGACCAUCAUAGUGUGGGAUGUCGCCACUGGAAACAAGCUACACACGUUGAAGGGCCACACACGAGGCAUAUUGGCUCUUGCAGUCGAUCCGGCCGACUACGACUCCAGCAAGGAUCUCAUUACACUAUUCAGCGCUGGAAGCGACCGAGAAAUACGGCGGUGGGCAAUUGGACCGACGUCAGUUUCCGAGCUUCAACCCUCGCCACUGAUUGCACAUGAGACUAGCAUCGACGCGAUUUGUUUCGACUCUGACGGUGACCUCUGGACGGCUUCUGCGGAUAAAACUGCAAAAUGUCUGUCUAGAGGCCGUGGAUGGGAAGAGGAUUCUACAUUCGACCACCCUGACUUUGCACGCGACGUUGCUAUUGAUGAAGAGGGAGGGUGGGUAAUUACCGCCUGCAGGGAUGAGAACGUUCGCAUAUGGGACAAGACUAGCGGCAAGCUACACCAUACCUUCACAGGUCAUUAUGAAGAAGUCACCGGGCUACUUCUGAUGUCCAAACAGCGGGUGGUAAGCGUCAGCAUUGACGGCACAAUCAGGCAAUGGAGCUUGAGGACCUCGGAUUUGGCCCAAGCUAUCCAGGAAGCAGAAGAGAAACGCCUGGGCAAGGCGAAAGAACAGGAACCCGAGGCCAAAGAGGGUAUGAUGACGGCGGAAGAAGAGGCCGAGCUUGCUGAACUUCUGGAGGAGAGCGACGUGUGCCUUUUUGUAAGACUGCUCCGCGAUAUUGCAAUUGGCCCACGCCAUAGCAGAACGCCAUCCGGACUCUUGUUUGCUGUUACUCGGUUGGCAGCACAAUACGCUUCACCGCGCCUUUUGUUUAGUCAGCCCCAUCUAAUCCUCCCCAUCCUCCGCGUCUUCCACUUUAAUCGCCUUUGUCGCCGCUAUCUGCUUUUCAAGCACUUUCUACUCUUCUGUUUCCUCCACUCCCAUCGCUCACGAACGCGCGGCGAGACAGACUGUCGUCAUAUGACGACUCAGAUCGACCCUACGACGGAUGCGCUACUUCAUGUCAGGGAGCACGCCGCGUCGUGCAACCCCGCCUCCAGUGUCAGCCUUUUCAGGUUGUCGCGUGUGGAAGAGACCAGCAGACAUGGAGUUUCGUACUCUGACAGACCGAAUGGUCCCUGGUUCUAUGGCGUGAAUACCGAGUCUCCCAGGAGAAUACCAGGUACGUCUAUCUGGCUUACACUUGCAGAUCGCUCGCGCCCAUCGGGUUUGCUUGCCUUUUACUUUCCACAUACACUCGCCUCCUUAUGUCGCUCGUCCCUCCUUGAUCGUCGAUAUAUCGCGCAUGACGAACCUGUCUGCAAGGGAGCUGCGGUUCGAAGCUCACCCCGCCACCAGUACUGCCUUUUUCAGGGCGGCGCGUGUGGAAGAAGCCUGCGAAAUGGAGGUUCUUUUUCGAAAGAACCAUCAGACAGACCGAAUGGUCCAUGGCAACAUUGCAACAGGCAUUCGAAUGCUUAUCGUUCCGUUGGCUCUUCCUGUCCCCCGUCCUUCGUCCUCUUGGCCAUGAUGCCGCGAUUAGUCCCCUUCACGCCCGUGACACCAAACUCAGAUGAGCUCGUCACAAGUGGACUUUUCUGUUUAGGAGGAUCCAGUGUGGAAGAUUCCAGAGUUAUUGACCUCAUGUCUACCUUUGAGUCACCUGGCUGUGACGGACCGUCCACAGUCUGUGGCAGGGAUUGGAGGGUUGGGAUCAUUGCCAACUUUCAUUUCAUCUUGGCUGUUUUUUAUGGUGUGCUCAUCGAGAACGCAACGAUCAGGAUGAGUUGGGUGCUGGUGCAGUGGACUUCAUGCUAUUGA